AAUACAGUCUGUCAAAUUAAAAUCAGCUGUUUGUAUAGAUUUUGCAUGCAUUCUUCUUCGGUUAUAGUCGAUACGUUCGUUUGACUGUAUGCCAUUCUAAAUUUAACCAGCUAAUAUUACAAAAACCGAUUCUAGUUGGUCAAACUACACAUAAAUUGAGAGCAGUUUUUUUUGUUCUCGCCUAUUACUGCUGCUAUUGCGAAUAUGAAUAUAUCUAUUGCCGGCUUUAUUUUGUAUUAAAUUUGUAAUUUUUAUCAUCAUCAUCUGAACAAUAAACUCGAGUGUUGAAACGCACACAUCAAAUGGAUUAAUUGAGCAAGACAUCUAUUUCUAUAUGGCUAAAAUAUUUGAGCUGUCAUCCCCUGAAUCUAAUGAGAUAGCGAAUAGUGAAUCCGAAAUUCCUGACAUACGCAGCCAGAUUAGAUUUUAUUAUAAGCCAGCCAUAUGGGUGUUUUAGUCUUUUUUAUUGCGAUUGUUCAUCUAUUGUACACGCCAUUCACAAAAGUUGAAGAAAGUUUUAAUGUUCAAGCGAUACACGACAUCUUAUACCAUAGAACGAAUAUAUCUCAGUAUGAUCAUCAUGAAUUUCCUGGUGUUGUGCCGCGAACAUUUCUUGGUCCAUUGCUUGUGUCGACAUUGGCUAGUCCAUUAGUUUUCUUUCUACAUAUUUUUGAAGGGAAUAAAUUCUGGGCACAAUAUAUCGUUCGAUUGACAUUGGCCACGUGCGUUGUAUUAUCAUGGUGUAAAUUACAACGAGUUGUUCAACGAAUGGUUGGCUCAUUAUUUUCGGUUUGGUUUACAUUGAUCACAAUUACCCAAUUUCAUUUCAUGUUUUAUAUGAGCCGAACGCUACCCAACGUAUUUGCACUUCCGUUAGUGUUGCUUGCAAUUGCAUUUUGGUUGGAGCGAAAAAAGGCAUUAUUUAUUUAUAUGUCAGCGGCAGCCAUACUCAUUUUCCGAGCCGAACUAUCGAUACUGUUGGGACUUUUUCUAUUGUACGACAUUUCAUUUCAACGCAUUUCAAUACCUGAAUUAAUUAAAUAUGCAGUACCAGCUGGAGUAAUUAGUCUAGCGUCAACCAUUGUUGUGGAUUCAAUAUUUUGGCAGCGUUUACUUUGGCCGGAGGGUGAAGUAUUAUGGUUUAAUACAAUACUGAAUAAAAGUGCUGAUUAUGGUGUUUCACCAUUUUUCUGGUAUUUUUAUUCGGCAUUGCCGCGAUCAAUGGGCGCAUCACUAUUCUUCGUGCCAUUUGGACUAUAUUAUGAGAGACGCAUUCGACAAAUUGUGAUACCAUCGAUUGUUUUUGUUUUUAUUUAUUCGAUUUUACCACACAAAGAGCUUCGAUUUAUCAUUUAUGUAUUUCCAUUAUUGAAUAUUGCGGCCGCUUGUGCAUGCCAACGAUUUUGGAACAAUCGUUUCAAAUCGCUUUUUCAAAAAUUACUUGCAUUUGGUGCGGCCGGACACAUUUGUAUAAACAUUUUAUUGACACUAUUUUUACUGCUCAUUUCGGGUACCAAUUAUCCAGGUGGCAUGGCCAUGAUGAGGUUACAUCGAUACGCAUCCAAUACCGAAAAUGUUUCCGUACAUAUUUGCAAUUUGGCAGCACAAAGUGGCGUCACACGUUUCACAGAGCUUAACAAAUCUUGGACCUACAACAAAGAGGAAAAUUUGAAAAUCGACGAUCCGAAAUUGCAACAAUUUACACAUUUAUUGAUCGAACAAAAAGGAAAAUAUUAUUAUGAAAAUGAGGAUAUUCGACAUACAUACGAUGUUAUCGAUACAGUCAAUUGCUUUAGUAAUAUUGGCGUUGAAUAUCGAUCAGUGUUUCCAAUUAAAAUUAAAACACGUCCAUGUAUUAUCAUUUUACGUCGAAAACAUGGCAUAAUUCCACCGCAAAUCGAAACAAAUGACAAUAAUCAAAAUAUUGAUAGAGAACAUGUUGAAAAUAAAAAAACCCGCACUGAAUAUCAAAAUGAAUUGGACACAAUCGAAACGAAGAAAGAUACAUUGCUGAAUAGCAUGGAAGCAAAUGAUUAUGAUGACGAAAAUGUAUCCGAAUUUGAUGACACCAUAGAUGAUACAAACGCAAUGAACGACGAUGAUGAGCAAAAUAAUAUCAUCGAAACUGAUUUAAAGAGACCAACGACAGAAACCAAACAUAAACUGAGACGGCUUAUUGAAAGGCAUUAUCAUUUUAAGACAACCAAAGUGCUGGCGAAUGAUCGAACGGACAUUAUUGCCGCAAAUAAACAGAGCAUUAAAUCAAACAUCAAACAUAUCAUAAAAAAAGAGAAAAUUAAGGAGCUCAUCGAAAAAAUCUCACAAAUUGAUCUGCGAACAGUGUGUAAUUUGGAAAAAGAGUCAACCAAACAAUGCUUACUGAAAAUCAUCGACUCUUAUAUCGAAUAAUCACACUCACAAAAUACGGAAUUGUUGCAAUUUUUUUAUGAUCAUUUCAAUACAAAAGUCUGCUUUUUCAUAGUUACUAAUUGUUUAAAAAAAGAUGGUACAUUUUUUCAGUGUAUCUAGUUGAAAAGAAAAAAAAGUUUAACGAAACAAAAAAUUGUUCCCAUAAUUCUGAACAUGGAAUACAUUUUGUCAAAAAAAUAAAUAUUUAUAAAAUAA